CGGUGGGGCGCGGAGCCGAGCGGAGCGGGGGGCCGUGCGACCAUGCCGUACCUGGGCGGCGAGGAGGUGCUGCGCGAUUUGCGGCGCGCGCUGAGCAACCCGCACGUCCAGGCGGAGCCGCUGCGGUACCGCGCCGCCGUGCUGCGAGUCAUCCGGCUCAUGACGCAGGGCGCGGACGUGUCGGGGUUGUUUGCGGAGAUGGUGAAGGCGGGCGCGGCGGCCGACGUGGUGCAGAAGAAGUUGGUGCAGCUGUACGUGUGCGCGCACGCCCCGCGCAUGCCCCGCUUGGCGUUGCUGGCUGUCAACACGCUGCGACGGGACUGCGCCGAUCCCAGCCCUGCCGUGCGCGGCCUGGCGCUGCGAGGACUCUGCGACCUCAGGUUGCCCGGCAUGCAGGAAUAUGUGCAGCAGCCCCUCCUGAAUGGCCUUCGGGACAGAGCCUCCUACGUGCGCAGGAUUGCUGUGCUAGGCUGUGCCAAGGUGCACAGGCUGCAAGGAGACACCGAAGUGGACGGUGCAUUGGUGAAUGAGUUGUACAGCCUGCUUCGUGACCAGGACCCUAUUGUGGUGGUGAACUGUCUGAGGGCUUUGGAAGAGAUCUUGAAGAAAGAGGGAGGAGUUGUCAUCAACAAACCUAUUGCCCAUCAUCUCCUCAACAGGAUGGCUGACCUGGAUCAGUGGGGGCAAAGCGAGGUGCUUGCCUUCCUUCUGCGUUACAGACCCCGCACUGAGGAGGAGCUGUUCAACAUUCUCAAUCUGCUGGAUGGGUAUCUGAAAAGCAGCAGCCCCAGCGUUGUGAUGGCAGCCACCAAGCUCUUCCUCGUGCUGGCCAAGGAGUACCCACACGUGCAGGCAGAUGUUUUGGUGAGGGUGAAGGGGCCACUGCUGGCUGCCUGCACCUCGGAGAGCAGGGAGCUCUGCUUCACUGCGCUGUGCCACGUGCGUCAGAUCCUCGGGAGUCUUCCUGGCCAUUUUAGCAGCCACUACAAAAAGUUCUUCUGCUCGUAUUCAGAACCCCAUUACAUCAAAUGCCAGAAGAUGGAAGUGUUGUGCGAGCUGGUGAAUGAUGAGAAUGUGCAACAAGUGCUGGAAGAGCUGAAGGGCUAUUGCACUGAUGUAUCAGUGGAGCUGGCCCAGGGGGCGAUCUCUGCCAUAGGCAGUAUUGCUAGGACAUACACAGAACAGUGCGUGGGGAUUCUGACAGAGCUCUUGGGGCUUCAACAGGAGCACAUCACGUCAGCUGUAGUACAGGCUUUUCGGGACCUGGUUUGGCUGUGUCCCCAGUGCACAGAUGCAGUGUGUCAGGCACUGCCUGGCUGUGAGGACAUCAUCCAGGACAGUGAGGGGAAGCAAGCACUGAUCUGGCUCCUUGGUGCACAUGGUGAGAAAGUUCCAAACGCCCCCUAUGUGUUAGAGGACUUGGUGGAGAAUGUGAAAACAGAGGUGUUCCCAGCAGUGAAGAUGGAGCUCCUGACAGCGUUGGUGCGACUUUUCCUGUCUCGUCCUGCUGAGUGUCAGGACAUGCUGGGGAGGCUGCUCUAUCACUGCAUAGAGGAGGAGAAAGAUAUGUCAGUACGAGACCGUGGGCUGUUCUACUAUCGCCUCUUACAGUCCGGUGUGGAUGAAGUGAAACGGGUUCUGUGCAGCCCCAAGUCAGACCCUUCCCUGGGGCUCCUGGAGGACCAAACAGAACAACCUGUGAAUACGUGGGCAUCUGAGUUCAACACCCUCGCACCUAUUUAUGGCAAAGCACGUUGGGCACUUGUCACUGCUCACCAGCCAGGGGAGCCCUGUUACGCUUUUUCUCCUUGUACAGACUCUGGGAACGGGGGCACAGAGUCACUGAUUUCUGAAGGGAGUAAGGAAGUCCUCAAGGUUCAUCCUGAUACAGGCAGCCUUACCUUAAUUCCUGAUGUCGCCCUGACUGCAGAACAGUUUGAGAAGACCUGGCUGAGCCUGGAUGUUGGCUGCCAGCAGUCUCUGCCCUGGAUUGGAACAGUUCAUCCAGAUACUAUCCAGACUGCUCUUCACGUCGUCCACAUCCGGACCAUUGCUAUGAGCAAAGCUGGUGUCCAGCCAUGGAAAGCUUAUUUCAUUGCUCAGGAUGACAGUGGUUGCCUCUUCCUGACAGAGCUAUUGCUCGAGGCAGAAGAUUCAGGGAUGCAGGUUGCAGUGAAGCAGAGUGAGGCAAAGCCUGAGGCACUGCAGGCCUUCAUGUCUGUGUUCAGGACUGCUGUGGAGGCAGUUGCUGGGCUCAGAUCCUGAAGGGUCUCUGUUCCUUGUGUGGUGAUUGCUCAGGUCAUAGGAAGAGUUUUCUCCUCUGCCUUCAGUUCACCAUUCUUGAUGCAAGUUUUGUAUUUCUGAAUUGUAGAAGUGUUGUCAGCAUUGGGCAAAGGAGAGCUACAGCUGCAGCUCAGUGCUGCUGGUGCUGAGCUACUGAGGCUGGUGAGCAGGAUAGGGUAAAGGGCAUCUUCCCCUGGGCUGGGGAAAGGACAGGAUAAUAAUGUGUGCAAGCCUGCUGCUGCUGAUCUAAGUCAGAAAUGCUGGCACCUGCCGUGAUUGUCACAAGACACCAGUGUGACUGAUGGAACCAGAAGUGAGCAAAAUUCAGGGCAGUGUUUUGGACAGGUUUGGUGGUGGUUUUUUUUCUGUUAUUCUUUUUUUUUGUGAGAAUUGUAAUUAAUUCAAAAACCAUUGCAUCGUUCUCAUAAGGAAGGACAGAAAGUUUCACCUGGUCAGCCCCAGCUCUCACUCUUCCCACUACAGUAGCUUUUGGCCAGGACACAGAAAGAAACAGGAAAUGAUCCAGCUGUGCUAUGUGUUCCACUCCACUGAGCGUUCUGUACAAUGGCAAAACCAAAGGAAAAUUCCCUGGCUUAAGGUUGCAGGUUAUUGUUGUGGUGCCUAUUGUGCAGGGCAAGGCAUGGCUUUGUUAACCCUAUUCUCUAAAUGAUCUCGCAGUGCUUAAUUUCUCCAAACGACUGUAUUGUAUCUCUGAAUGCACUUCACUGAUUCGCUGCUGCCCCUGUCAGACAAGUCUUAAAUUUCAUUUCUGAUUUUCCAAUAAAGAGGUGAAUCAUUCCUGGCU